GGAUAGCGGCCUUGCUGCCGGUGUGGACUUGUGGGCGGGCACAUGGAUUGGGACCAAGGUGGAGGAAUCGGGAUAGCAGCACCCAUGGCUUGCGAGGUGAUUUGCUUUGGUCCUCAGUCCUGUCUCUCUCGUCUUCUCCCGUCUCCCUUGUAGCCGCCAUGACUACCCUUCAAACCAGGAAGGAUCCCCACCUCCGAGGUGUAUCUCCCACCCCUAGCAAGAUUCCAGUGCUUUCUCAAAGAUGCCCAGAUUCCCCCUCAGUCAAGUCGUGCCCUCUGGACCAGGAGAACCAAGACCCAAGGAGACUGGCGCAGAAGCCACCGCUCGGUACUCAACAUCUGCCCAUUGACACAGCAGGCCUCAGACCGAAAACAUUGCACCAGACAGAAAAAUCACAAAAAUUGGGGACCACUCAGAUCCGGAACCCUUUGGGGGAAAUAAAACCUCGCUCUGGGGGAUCAAAUCCUCAGACAGAGGCCACAGGGGCUAUAGAGUUUGUUGCUGACCCUGCAGCCCUGGCCACCAUCCUGUCAGGUGAGGGGGUGAAGAGCUGUCCCCUGGGGUUCCGGUCCAGUCUGGCUCAGAGAGUACUAGUUCGAGGGAGCAAGGGAGGCACCACCCGGAGGGGCCAGAGUGCACGGUGUUCUGCAUACCUGGCUCCCAGGACCCCGGUCCAUCAACUGGAUCCCGCACGGGCUUCCUGCUUCUCAAGACUGGAGGGACCAGGACCCCGAGACCGUACUUUGUGUGAGGCUUCAAAUCAACCUUCAGGCCCUUCUUUCUACCCCUCUGCGCACCCCGGUCUACAGGAGCUAAGAAGAGAGACAUGUGGCGGCGGCGGCGGCGGCCGCAGGACUUCAGCAAGCCAGGCCCCAAGACUGUUCCCGAAGACCCCAGUUCACCCUGCUUCCUUACCCCUCGGAGGAGAGCAGGAGGCCGCCCCUCACGCAGAUGGAGAAGGAAAAGCCCUCCUGGGCCUGGCUAAACGAGUACUAGUAAGAGAGAGCCCUACACACACCAGGACAGCAUAUUCAUCCUUGAAACGCUGCACCCCUCGACCAAAAACCCAACUCACACCUCUCCGGUCAGUACCCAGAGCGCAACAGGCCCAGUGGCUCAGUGGCCACCUCUCCCCUCAUACCUCCCCUGAAGAGCCUGCCCUGCCCUGGGAACAGAUUGCUGUAAGGUUGUUUGAACAAGAGAGUUGCAUUACAUUGCAGAAGGGAUCCGGGAAAGCACCUGUGGCAAGCACUGCUGCACCUCACUCCAACAGAACCUCCAACCACCAGGAGAUAAAGAUGCAGCGCAUCAGCAUUCUGCAGCAGCUACUGCGGAAGGAGGUAGAGGGGCUGGCAGCGGACAGGCGGGCCCCUCUGAAUGGGGCCUCUGCCCUAGAGCUGACUGAACUUCAGCCCCUGAUGGCGGAGGUUUCUAGAACUCUGAGUCAAGCUUCCCUCCUUGGAUUGUCAAAACACUCUGGCGGGACAGAGCCUCUCCCUGCAGAAGGGUGUGAGGAGCCUCAGCCCCUCCCUGCAGAAAAGCAUGGGGAGCCACAGGCCUGCCCUGGGGAGGAGACAAAGGUGGCUCAGCCCUGCUCUCCCACAGAACUGAAGCCUCCAGAGCCGUGUGGCAGAGCUGGGCCACAGCCGCCAGAGCCUUGCCCUCCAGCACUGCCUGGACCCCUUCUGCCUAGUUGCCAGGGCCAGUCUGGGCCUCCCGAGGCCUGCCCUAGCAUAGAGCUGGGCGCAUCAGCAGCCUGUGCUGUGGAAGGUAGAAGCCCAGAGUGUAUCCCAAAGUCCUGCUGCAGUCAGGGGCCUCCAGCAACCACCAGCUUGACUUUCGUGUCACAAAGCCCACUCUGUGCCAGUCCCCCUAUCUGCUCACUGCAGGCUUCAAGGUCCCCAACGGGCCAUUCAGGCCCCCACAGUCUGGUCCCUCGAACCCUGGCUCUGAGGCAGCACCUCCAAGCCUGUCUCACCGCCCUCCACUGCUUCCACGAAUCUCGCCUGGAUGAUGAGUGCGCCUUUUACACUAGCCGAACCCCACCUCCAGGGCCCACGCGGAUCUGCACUAACCCUGUGGCCACGAUGCUUGACUGGCAGGACACCCUGCAUUUCAUUCCAGUUGGUUCUGUGGUCCCACAAGACUCCCCGGCAUGAAUCUGGCCUCCACCCUGCUGCACUCAAACCUUCCUUUUAGCCUUAUUUAUUGUUGGUCUGACCAUUGGACUGGG